GAAGAACACAUCCAUAUGACUCUAAGCGGCAUUUAUUUUUAAACAUGUUCUCCGGAAACGCUUUCUGACGGUCUGCUGUGUGGUACCUUGACGCUUCUGCUUCUCAGUCCGAAAACGAGCGAGAAAACAUCACUGUGCUGAGACUCGGCGGCCGGGGAGGGUCUCCAUUAAUCGUCUGAAGUCCAGUUUACUGAUCAGCUGAGUCCGUCCAGCUGUAAAUCUGUCUGUCUGUCUGUUGGUUGGUUGGGGGGGGUGGGGGGCUCAGCUGCUGAGGGAGGAUGCUAUCCCCCUGCCGGGAAUCAGGACUUUCCUCUCCCGUAAUCCGUCCGGGAUGCUGCGGUCUGAUCCAGGGGCUUCUCCCCUGUUUUGCCCUCUGAAGUUGGAUCAUCUGCGGGAAUCAACCACUUGUUUUUGUCGCUCUCUCCUGCUCUUCCUCUUCGGAUCUCUCCGGAACAGCCCGAACAUCUAACAGUGGAAAUAAUCCGCCUCUUUUCUUUAGAGAUUGUGGAUUUUUUUUAAAUUUGUUACACACCCUGCUGGCCCCUUGGCUCUGGUGGAUUUUCACUCACGCACAGAUUUGUGAACGGGUUUGGGAGUUGGCAGGCUCCUUCUCCUUGCGCGCUGUGCGUUUUGUCAUGCAGAGAUGAUGUGACAGACAGAGGAUACAGGGGGACAAUAACACCCGGGCUGUAUAGUAACCAUGGCUGGUACCGAGGGCGAGGAUUAGUGUGCGGAGGGAUUAUAUUUUCCAGGAGCGGAAUCCUCCAUCAGUUGCUUUACCGUUCAUGGUCUCUUUCUAAUUUUCUUGGACGCAGGUAGAACUUUCCACACACGUCCGGAAUUUUCUUUAUCCCACUCUGUUUCUUCAUCGUGGUAGUUUAUUUUUAAUCACCUGCUCUGUGAGUGUAGGUGGAGAGACACUGAGAAUAUUCCAGGCAGUGUCAGAAAUUAUGAAUGAGACUUAGAGCGCGCUCCUUUAAAAUGUACAAUAGCCCUCAGAAAGUUUCACCCGUUGCUUAAUUGUAGUUUUUAAAUAACAGAAAUGAAGUAUGGUAUCAUUAUGGACUAACUAAUGAGUGCAAUAAAGCACUGCUAGUCCCUUAAGGAAUAUUACAGUAUAUUGCAUUCAAACCACAGGAGAUAACCCCAUGAAUCAAGUCCACGGAAACUCUCUUUAGGAUUUGAAUAGGUGGACAGGGAUGUCUCUUUCAGCAAGGUGAGCACGGUAGUGAUGAUGACAGUGAAGGCUGGUAGAGAGCAAACAUAUGUUGAUGAUCACAGGCUACUAUGGACACUGCAGUGAUAAGUCAUGAACAACUCUUAAACGCCACAGGAGGUGAAGAAGUACAUUCAUAUGAUAUUCGCCUUUAUUCUCAAUAAAGGGGUCGUUGUAACGGCGCACAGUGUACAGCUUCAGAGAGACACUGAUAAAAUAAAACAGCAUUAAAAUGACAUUAAUCUGAUUUUAAAGCAUCAGACGCUCAUCAAACAUGCGGUUAGGAACUUAACAUGCAGUCUCCUUGCUCGUUUGGUGAGAAUAAGAUCGGAUUUUUCUUUAUCGAUAAUGAUCAGAAAGAGUAGAUAUUGAUUGGUCGGAGUUUCACAGUUUGAUCUUGAUCUUGAUCUUUACCUCCAUGUCAUGUCUUUAACGUUUUCAAAAUGGACAAAAAAACAGGGAACUGGUCAAAGAGUUCCAAAAUUGUAUUAACCUUUACAAUGAAAUGACAUGAACUCUUGCGUUCAAGCAGAACUAUUUUAAAUCAUAGACCCCUGAUUUCUAACAAAAAACAGAGCCCUUAUAGGUACACUUGUUCUGGACCGGAAGAGCGGAAGCAGCGCGCGCGGCGGACAAAGUGUACCGUCAGAUGAGUGAGCAUGUCGGACCGGAGCGCCCCGGGCUGUCGGCUCAGACUGGACUGGGUGUACGGAUACCGGGGCCACCAGUGCCGGAAUAACCUGUACUACACCGCCGGGAAGGAGGUGGUGUACUUCGUGGCCGGGGUGGGCGUGGUCUACAACACAAGGGAGCACAGCCAAAGGUUUUACCUGGGACACAACGAUGACAUCAUCAGCCUGGCGUUGCACCCCGAGCGCUCCCUGGUGGCGACGGGGCAGGUGGGGAAGGAGCCCUAUGUGUGUGUUUGGGACUCCUUCACCGUGCAGACUGUCUCUCUGCUUCGUGACGGACACACACACGGCAUCGCCUGCCUGACAUUUAGCUCUGAUGGACAGAGGUUAGCCUCGGUCGGCCUGGAUGCCAAGAACACAGUGUGUAUUUGGGAGUGGAAAAGAGGAAAGAUCCUGGCCACAGCCACCGGACACUCAGACAGGAUAUUCGACAUCUGCUGGGAUCCGUUUCAGCAAAACCGUCUGGUGAGCUGUGGAGUGAAACACAUCAAGUUCUGGUCUCUGUGUGGGAAUGCUCUCACUCCAAAGCGGGGCAUUUUUGGGAAGACAGGCGAUCUGCAGACCAUCCUGUGUGUAGCGUCGGCUAAAGAUGACAUCACGUACUCUGGAGCACUUAACGGGGACAUUUACGUCUGGAAGGGACUCAACCUGAUACGAACAGUCCAGGCGGCCCACGGGGCUGGCAUUUUCAGCAUGUAUUCCUGUGAGGAGGGUUUUGCCACCGGAGGAAGAGAUGGCUGUGUCCGACUCUGGGACGUCGACUUCAAACCGAUCACCAAGAUUGACCUGCGAGAGGCCGAACAAGGAUACAAAGGUCUGUCUAUUCGCAGCGUCUGCUGGCGAGCUGACCGGAUCCUGGCAGGAACGCAGGACAGCGAGAUCUUUGAGGUGAUGGUGAGGGAUCGAGACAAGCCGCUGCUCAUCAUGCAGGGACACAGCGAGGGAGAGCUCUGGGCGCUUGAUGUUCACCCUAAAAAACCUCUGGCAGUCACCGGCAGUGAUGAUCGCUCCGUCAGGUUGUGGAGUCUCAUGGAUCACACUCUCAUCGCUCGCUGUAACAUGGAGGAGGCGGUGCGGAGCGUUGCGUUCAGCGUGGACGGAUACCAGCUGGCUCUGGGCAUGAAGGAUGGAUCCUUCACUGUGCUGAGAGUCAGAGACAUGACGGAGGUCGUGCACAUCAAAGACAGGAAGGAGGUGAUUCAUGAGAUGAAGUUCUCUCCAGACGGAGGGUACCUUGCUGUUGGCUCCAACGACGGGCUUGUUGACAUCUAUGCUGUCGCCCAGAGAUUCAAGAAGGUGGGAGAAUGCAGUAAUUCCAGCAGUUUCAUCACACACCUAGACUGGUCACUGGACAGCAAAGUCCUUCAAACCAACGAUGGAGCCGGGGAGCGCCUCUUCUACCGAAUGCCCAUGGGAAAGCCGGUUGUCAGUAAGGAGGAGGUUAAAGGUCUGUGCUGGGCAUCCUGGAGUUGUGUCCUGGGUCCAGAGGUCAGCGGCAUCUGGCCUAAAUACUCCAGUCUGACGGAGAUCAAUGCUGUGGAUGCUAAUCACGCUGCAGCCGUUCUUGUUACUGGAGACGACCUUGGCUUGGUCAAGCUCUACAGAUUCCCCUGUCUGAAGAAAGGAGCCAAAUUCAAGAAGUACAUCGGCCACUCAGCCCAUGUGACCAAUGUCCGCUGGUCACAUGACCUGCAGUGGGUGCUGACCACGGGUGGAGCUGACCACGCCCUUUUCCAGUGGAGGUUUCUACCAGAGUCGGUCAUGAACGGAGGACCAGAUGUCAACAUACAAGACAGCCAUGGAGACUCCAACAGUGAGGAGUCGGACAGUGACGUCUCAGAUGUCCCAGAGCUUGACUCGGACAUUGAGCAGGAAACUCAGAUCAACUACGAGAGACAGGUAUAUAAAGAAGAUCUGCCACAGUUGCGACAGCAGAGCAGAGAAAAGAAGCAGCAGGUCGGAUCUCUGAAGAGACAGAGAGGACCAAACCAAGGACUCCGACUGCAGUUUGUGCACGGAUACCGUGGUUAUGACUGCAGGAACAACUUGUUCUACACUCAGGGGGGAGAGGUGUUGUACCACGUGGCGGCGGUGGGCGUGGUCUACAACCGGCAGCUGCACAGUCAGCGCUUCUACCUUGGCCACGACGACGACAUCCUGAGUCUCAGCAUCCACCCGCUGAAGGACUACGCUGCUACGGGACAGGUGGGGAGGGACCCGGCCAUCCAUGUGUGGGACAUCCAGACUCUGAAGUGUCUCUCUUUACUCAAAGGAUUCCACCAGAAAGGAGUGUGUACUCUGGACUUCUCAGCUGAUGGAAAAAGUCUGGUGUCUGUGGGAGUCGAUGACGGACAUACAAUUGUCGUCUGGGACUGGAAGAGAGGAGAGAAACUCGCUACUGCCAGGGGUCACAAGGAGAAGAUAUUCGUGGUGAAGUGUAAUCCCAUGCUGAUGGACAAACUUGUCACAGUGGGAAUCAAACACAUUCUUUUCUGGCAACAUGCAGGUGGGGGUCUGACUUUUAGGCGUGGUGCGUUCAGGAGCAUCAGCCGGCCGGAGACAAUGAUGUCUGUGUGUUACGGACGCAGCGAGGCGCUGGUGUUCACAGGGGCCACUACAGGAGACGUUUACAUCUGGAAGGAACCGCUGCUGCUGAAAACCAUCAAAGCUCAUGAUGGACCUGUGUUCGCAAUGUUCUCCCUCGACAAGGGCUUUGUGACAGGCGGGAAGGACGGCGUGGUGGAGCUGUGGGACGACAUGUUCGACCGAUGUCUGAAGACGUACGCCAUCAAGAGAGCAGCGCUGUCCCCGGGCUCCAAAGGCCUGCUUCUGGAGGACAACCCGUCCAUCAGAGCCAUCACUCUGGGUCACGGUCAUAUCCUUGUGGGAACCAAAAACGGGGAAGUCCUGGAGAUCGACAAAACUGGGCCCAUGACCCUGCUGGUGCAGGGUCACAUGGAGGGUGAGGUUUGGGGUCUGGCCCCUCACCCCCUCCUUCCCGUCUGUGCCACCGUCAGUGACGAUAAAACCCUGCGACUGUGGGAGACGUCAGCCAAUCACCGCAUGGUGGCAGUCCGCAAGCUGAAGAGAGGAGGUCGCUGCUGUGCCUUCUCUCCUGAUGGGAAGGCGUUGGCAGUCGGUCUGAGCGAUGGCGGCGUGCUGGUGGUGAAUGCUGACACGCUGGAGGAUCUCUUGAGCUUCCACCAUCGCCGUGACGCCAUCUCUGAUGUUCGCUUCACCCCUGACUCAGGUAAAUUCCUGGCUGUGGCGUCACAUGACAGCUUUGUGGACCUCUACAAUGUGCUGAGCAGUAAGAGAGUGGGCAUCUGUAAAGACGCUUCCAGUUACAUCACCCAUAUCGACUGGGACGCACGAGGAAAACUGCUGCAGGUGAAUACAGGAGCGAAAGAGCAACUGUUCUUUGAAGCCCCGAGAGGAAAAAGACAAACCAUCAGGAACUCUGAGCUGGAGCGGAUCGGUUGGUCGAGCUGGACGUGUGUCCUGGGUUCCAGCUGUGAGGGAAUCUGGCCGACGUACAGCGACAUCACCGACAUCAACUCUGCGUCACUCACCAGAGACAGAACACUGCUCGCCACCGGAGACGACUUCGGAUUCCUGAAACUGUUCAGCUACCCUGUUAGAGGUCAGUAUGCUCGUUUUAAACGUUAUGUGGGCCACAGCGCACAGGUGACCAAUGUCCGCUGGGCUCAUGACGACUCCACCCUGCUGACGGUGGGCGGGGCCGACACUGCACUGAUGAUCUGGGCAAGGGAGAGAGGAGGUGGGGUUUGUGGAGAGGGGGAGGGGCCUUUGUUUCGCGACAACAGACCACCUGUGGACAGCGAGGAGUCAGACGACGACAUCGAGGAGGACGGAGGCUACGACAGCGACGUUGCUCGGGAGAAGGCCGUGGAGUACACCACCAAGAUGUACACUGUGAGCCUCAGAGAGAUGAGAGGAACCAAACCUCACCAACAGGUGAAGGAGCUGUCAGUGGAGGAGAGGCAGGGCAUUGUCAAACCUCCAGUGAGUCGAGCAACGCCACAGCCGGAGAAACUCCAGAAGAAUAACGUCUCCAAGAAGAAGAAACUGGUGGAGGACAUGGUUUUGGAACAUGUGUUUGGAUUUCGGGGUUACGAUUGUCGAAACAACCUGCACUACCUCAACGACGGCACCGACAUCGUGUUCCACACUGCUGCCACCGCCAUCGUCCACAGUCUCAGCAAUGGAACUCAAAGUUUCUACCUGGAACACACUGAUGACAUCCUGUCUCUAACGGUCAACCAGCAUCCCAAAUACAAGAAUAUCAUCGCCACUGGACAGAUCGGUGACGUCAGUGAACUCCCAGGGACCACUCCUUCCAUUCACGUGUGGGAUGCGAUGAGUAAACAGACUCUGUCCAUCCUUCGCUGUCCUCACUCUAAAGGCGUCGGUUACGUUAACUUCAGUGCCACAGGGAAGCUGCUGCUGUCUGUCGGAGUGGAACCUGAACACACCAUCACUGUGUGGCGCUGGCAGGAAGGAUCAAAGGUGUGCAGUAGAGCUGGACAUCCAGACCGGAUCUUUGUGGUGGAGUUUCGCCCAGACUCAGACUCCCUGUUUGUGUCUGUUGGAAUCAAACAUGUGAAGUUCUGGACGCUGGCCGGCGGCGCUCUGAUGUACAAGAAGGGUGUGGUCGGUACAGUGGAGGACGGCAGGAUGCAGACGAUGCUGUCUGUCGCCUUCGGUGCUAAUAACUUGACGUUCACCGGAGCCAUUAACGGGGAUGUGUACGUGUGGCGGGAUCACUACCUUCUGAGGGUGGUGGCGAAGGCUCACACAGGGCCGGUGUUCACCAUGUACACCACGCUGAGAGAUGGUCUCAUAGUCACCGGUGGCAAGGAGAGGCCGACUAAAGAAGGUGGUGCGGUGAAGCUCUGGGAUCAGGAGAUGAAACGCUGUCGAGCGUUCCAGCUGGAGACAGGUCAGCAAGUGGAGUGCGUCCGAUCUGUCUGCAGAGGCAAGGGUAAGAUUCUGGUGGGGACCAAGGACGGGGAGAUCAUCGAGGUGGGGGAGAAGAACGCAGCUUCCAACCUGCUGCUCGACAGUCACGCUAGAGGAGGAAUCUGGGGUCUGGCUGUGCAUCCUGCUAAAGAACUCUGCAUCACUGCCAGCGACGACUCAACCAUCCGACUGUGGGACCUCACCGACAAGAAACUGUUAAACAAAGUGUGUGUGGGACAUGCAGCCCGGUGUGUGAGCUACAGUGCAGACGGAGAGAUGCUGGCAGUGGGGAUGAAGAACGGAGAGUUCCUCCUCCUCCUCGCCAACUCGCUGAAGAUGUGGGCGAAGAAACGCGACCGCAGUGCCGCCAUCCAAGACAUCAGGUUCAGUCCAGACCGGCGGCUGCUGGCAGUCGGUUCUGCAGAGAACAUAGUGGAUGUUUAUGAUGUCAGCGGAGGGCCGGGUCUCAACCGGUUGGUUUACUGCAGCGACAUCCCUGCUUUCAUCCUGCAGCUGGACUUCUCUGCUGACAGCUCUUUUAUACAGGUGUCCACAGGAACUUAUAAGCGGCAGGUGUUUGAGGUUCCUUCAGGGAAGUUAGUGAGUGACCAGACUACCAUUGACAGAAUCACCUGGGCAACCUGGACAAGCAUUCUGGGAGAUGAAGUUUUGGGGAUUUGGCCACGAAAUGCUGACAAAGCAGAAGUCAACUGUGCGUGUGUGUCCCAUGCCGGCAUGAACAUCGUGACCGGUGACGACUUUGGAUUGAUCAAACUUUUUGACUUCCCCUGCACAGAGAAGUUUGCCAAACACAAGCGCUACCUCGGCCACUCAGCUCACGUGACAAACAUCCGCUUCUCCCUCGAAGACAAAUACGUGAUCAGCACAGGAGGAGACGACUGCAGUGUGUUUGUGUGGAAAUGCAUGUAAAACACCGCCCGGUGACGCUUUUCAUCCAAAGCGCCUUAACAGCACCACAAGUGGAUCCGGGGGGGGGAAUCGAACCAAUGACCUGAAAGACUUCACACCACUUUGUAGGAGUUCAGCUGGAACCGACUUCACUGAUAAAUCCAGAUGUUUACAGUCUGUCUUUUUGCAGAAAAGGCAGAAAGCUUAAAGACCAACACAUGAGACACUUUGUGACUGAUCACAACAUAAAAAACAGACUGGGAGCGGGGGGUGGGGGGGGGGGGGGGGGGGGGGGGGUUCAGCUCAGAUGAAGCAGAGAAGCAGACUUUUUUUGUUUUUGGCUCAUUUUGAUAAACAAAUGGUAAACUCUAAGACACCUCAAGAGGAAACCACACUGAUGGGACCAUUUAAAGGUAUAACGUGAUUAUAACCGCUCGGUCUGCUGUCAGAGUCACACAGAUCAUGUCUCGGGGAUGACUGGGAGAUGACACUGCACUGGUUGAUAAAAAAAAAAAAAACGUUGCUUCAUUGAAAAUAUCAUAUGCAGUUUCAUUUUUACCCUGAUGUCCUGAAGUUUGUCUGUUACCGAGAACAGAAACUUGACUUUUGAUUUAAAACCAUUCCUCAUUUCAAAGAGCCUUUACUGUAUCUGUCGUUGGAUUUCAUCACACUUAAGUGCCUUUCUGGAUCUUUCUACCUGUGUUCAUUUAUUUAUUUAUCGGGAGGGGUACUUCAUACAAAGUAUUUCUUUGUGUUAAUGCAUCUUUGAACUUAUUUUGUACUCUGUCUGGUGCUACACUGAGAAUGUUCAAACUUUCAUUCAUCUCAAAACACAAACAUCUUCUCCGCUGCUGCUUUCUGUUCAAAGACGUUAAUCAUCCAAAGCAUCAUGAUCGUUACACGACACAGGACAUGUGAAGAAAAGCGAAACUUACUAGAAUUAUUUAUGGAAAUAUCUAAAUGUUAUUUAUGCCUAAUCUACGGUGUGGAUGAGUUUUCUGUGUCUGAACUGUUGAAUAUUAACUGUUGUGAAAAGUGUCAAAAGAGUCUGUUCGUGUGAUGAUUCAAAAAAAAAGAAAAAGAAGUUCAGAGGUCACGCACCUUAUUAGUUCACUCAGUCUUCAUCUCAUCCUUCAGGUCCUUGAAGUCAUCACAGAGGCUGAGGUUGGUUUUCUCUCGCUUGAAAAUAAGGUUUAAUUCAAAAACAGAUCAUUAAUAAUUCACAGAAGAGGAGAACGGGGAAAGAGUUGAAGCCAUGGGUGAAAGUGGUAACAGUGGGAGAGGAGAAAAACAGAGUCAGCUGAAAGAAGUCGAUUGGUAAAAUUACAUUUUUGCAUCAGGAAAAUGAAUGAGAAAAAAUAUUUGACAAAAUAUUGGAGCUUUGUGAAUUCUAAUAAGGGUACAGCCUGUUUUUCAGCCCAAUGAUAGAAUUUCUUUAACAGAAAAAUAAAAUGUCUUUGUUAUGGACAGGAAAGAUCCCUCUGGACCACCAUAGUUUAAAAAGAAAGUCAAUGUGAUAAGGUCUGUGUCAUAAUCAGUGUCAAAGACUGAGUUCUUGUAAUUUAGAUGGAAAAAACACACUUUCAAUAACACACGUCGUAUUGAUACCAAAAGAUGUAGAAAACAUGGUGUUGACUGUGCUAGCUUAAAGUGUGAUGUGCAGGGUGUUCGUUCAGAGUGCAUGUACGGUGUGUUUCUCAAACAUGGCUAUUUCUCUAUAAAAUAAAAACACAACAGAAUCUAAUACAACAGAAGGAUUUAUAACGUAACAGAAGAAGCCAAGGAGCAUCCACAAAUGAAGAAAUGCAAUUUGCAAUUGCUGAAGAUGAAAAAUGCUGCAUUGAAAUCAGUUUUGGUUUGUUUGUUUUUUUCUUAAAGCAGGUUGUCAGUUUCUGAACUUCUUUCCUUUCUAAUCGUCUGUAUCAUACUGUACAUGGAAAUAUAUAUGAUGCUCAGAUGCAUGACUUUAUUUUUAAACCAAAAUAUCUUUGUUGAUGAGAUUUUAUGGUGCAAGUUAAUUCACCAGUUGAUUUUUAUACCAAGGUGAUUGUGAUCAAAGUUUGUAUGUAUGUGUGCGCACGUGUGUGUGUAUGUGUGUGUGUAGCAAAGUGUAUUAUCAGAUUAAAUGAGACUUGUGGAAAUAA